UAGGAGUAUUCAUUACUGACUGACAUGGUUUUCUUUGGUGACUUAGGAGUAUGAAUUUGAUAUUGAUGAGUCAAGUUCUUCUGAUGACGACUUAUCAACAGAGAUUAUGGGUUUCAUGUGGAUGCAACAGUAUCAUCGUAAGAGGACCCGGGACAUUGCAAUGGCCGCAGUAAUGAUCGGUACGUAUUAUGACACAUACAUGGACAAGGCUCCACAUAGGGUUCCUACUGUGUCGGGUAUAGAAUGGGUGCAUGAAACAUUGUGUAGCAGAACCGCUUGCUACAACAUGUUUAGGAUGUCAAGCGUUUUGUUUUACCAGCUACAUGACUUGUUGGUCGAGAACUAUGGGUUGAGGGCAACUAGAGGAAUGACCACGAUGGAGGCUUUAGGAAUGUUCCUUUGGGUAAUUGGUGCACCACAAUCCCUUAGACAGGUUGAGGACCGGUUUGUAAGGUCCUUAGAAACAAUAAGCCGUACUUUCGAUAAUGUGUUGUCAAGUGUUCUUAAGCUAGCAGUGGAUAUUAUUAAGCCCAAGGACCCAGAAUUUAGGACCGUGCACCCAAGGUUGAGGAACCCUCGCUUUGCACCAUACUUCAACAACUGCAUAGGAGCUAUAGAUGGGACGCAUAUACCGGUGGUGGUUCCAAAUGAUAAGGUGGUUCAGCACACCGGGAGACAUGGAUAUACUUCACAGAAUGUGCUGGCAAUAUGUGAUUUCGACAUGAGGUUCACAUUUGCUGUGACUGGAUGGCCUGGAUCGGUUCAUGACAUGAGAGUCUUCAGUGAUGCCUUAAACAAAUAUGGUGACAAGUUUCCGCAUCCUCCUGCAGGCAAAUUUUACCUAGUUGACUCGGGUUAUGCAAAUCGUCCGGGUUACCUUGCACCCUACAAGGGUACAAAAUAUCAUCUACCGGAGUUUAGGAGUGGCCCAAUGCCAAAAGGUAUGAAAGAGACUUUUAAUUACGCCCAUUCCUCCCUUAGAAAUGUUAUCGAGAGGUCAUUUGGAGUGUUAAAGAUGAAGUGGAGGAUUUUGUUGGGUAUUCCAAGUUUUCCGAUGCAGAAACAAAGUAAAAUCAUAGUAGCAUGUAUGGCAAUUCAUAAUUUCAUACGAGAGAAUGAUAUGGCCGAUAGGGCCUUUGAUAUGUGCGAUCGGGAUGAAAAUUUUAUUCCUAUGCCUCAAGUGCCAAACGACGAAGGAGAUGGGACAAAUACACAAGCAGGGGAAGAAGAUUGUAAUAUGAAUGCAUUUCGGGAUGAAUUAGCUAAUGCUUUGUACAACAAAUCGUAGAUUAUUUGUAUGAUUGUAUUGUAAUGAUGUUGACAACAUUUUUGUAGUA